AUGACGACCUGGAAGAUUGAGCGCUGCACAGUGGCUGACGCCGCAACAUUGGCUCGCAAUAACAUGAGCGCCUUCUGGGAGGACCCAAAUUGGAACUUGAUAUGGCCGAAGGAAACCACACGCGAGUUUCUGAUUGAAAAUGCUAUAAAACGGUACCCGCGCACCCUCGUAACCAACCGCGAGAAAAUGCGCCACGAGAAAGCCGUGGACCCAGCCACUGGGGAGCUCGUUGGAUACGCGCGCUGGAUCCUGCCAUCUGGCCAUCUCGCAACAAAAGACGGUAGCCCGGAGUGGGCCGAGGCGCAGGUCCCGGAUGUCAGCGACGAGGAAAAGACCCGGUUCGAAGAGUUGGCUAAGUCGGCGUGGUGGAAGGCAAGAAAAGAAGUAGAUGGUAUGGACGACAAGAACGACGAAGCGAUGGAUCGUCUCCUAGCGGAGGGAACGUAUAUCCAGCUUGAAUAUUUGGCUGUCCACCCUGAUAACAAAGGCAAAGGAAUAGCCAGCGCACUCGUCGAGAGCGGGAUCAGACAUGCUGAGAAAAUCGGCGUCCCCUUAUUUACCAUGUCCUACAAAGCUGCUAGGGGCAUCUAUGCGAGACUUGGGUUCAAAGAAGUCGAAAGGGUGAUCCAGGAUGCUACGAAAUAUGGCGGGACAGGAGAGUACGGGGCUUAUUUCAUGAUUUACGACGUCCAUAAGAAAGUAUAA